GAGGCCGCCUCGCAGACGAGGCACCACGUCGCCACCCUCCCAUCCCGCGAGGCGCCCCACUCCUUCCCGGGGUGGCGCCAAGGACGAACCCGCCUGCCCGCCCGUCGGGACAGGCUCCUUGAAAGACAAGGCCGCGGCGGCAUUUCACGAACAAUGUACUCGACAGUUCCUUCGGAAUAGGCUCUCUUCAACACGCACCCUACCAAGCGGGGGGAAACGGUCCCCGAAACACUGCAGGAAAGGCCGUGAAGCGCGCCACUGGCGCAAAGAACCGGCUGCCGGGUUGGGCAGGGCCGACGGGGGCGCUCGAGAGACGCCGCCCCAAGAAGCCAGUUUAUUGCGCCGCGGCAAAACCCAGGCAGGGCAUGGCCGCGUUGUCGGGCCUGAAAUGGCGGCCUUCGGCGUGCAAUUCGGCCUCCUCGGCCGUUGAGGUAGACGCGUGCCUUUCCCUGCGUGUGGGUGGGUGAAGCGGAGCCUGCCUGGGAGAACUGAGGCGAGGGCCCUUCCUGAGGGGGACCCGUUGAGGGAAACGUGCAAUACGACUAAGAUGGCCUCUACUACCGACCAGCCCAUCGAGGGCACAUCUGGCAGCAGCCAAACGCGUCCGGAAAAGUUGGUUAAACCCAAGCCGUUGCUGCUGCAACUUCUGAAGCUUGCUGGUGCAGAAAAGGAGACUUUUACUAUGAAGGAGGUAAUGUUCUAUAUUGGUCAAUAUAUUAUGUCUAAACGUUUGUAUGAUGAAAAGCAGCAACAUAUUGUCCACUGUGCAAAUGAUCUUCUGGGUGAUAUCUUUGGAGUACAGAGUUUUUCUAUAAAAGAAUGCAGGCAACUACGUUUGAUGAUUUCUAAAAACCUGAUAGCAGUCAGUCAGCAAGGCUCUAGUAAUUUUAACACAUCUGUGAAUCAGUCCAGGUGGCAAGUAGAAAAUGGAAAUACUAUAAAGGAAUCGGUCCAAGAAUCCAGUGAAGCCAGUUCUUCUAGGAGAAGAGCACACAGUGAAACAGAAGAAAGUCCUUUAGAAGAUAAGAAUGAUGAAAGACUGAAACGGCAUAGAUCAGACAGCAUUUCUCUUACAUUUGAUGAAAGUCUUUCAUGGUGUGUAGUAAGCGGUUUACCCUGUGAUCUUAGCAACAUCAGCAGUUCCACAGGCUCUUCAUCCAGUCCGGAUCAUGACAGCUUAAGUGAAACAGCGGACUGGCUGGAUGAGGAUUCUGUUUCAGAUCAAUUCAGUGUUGAGUUUGAGGUUGAAUCCAUCUGUUCAGAAAACUACAGUAUCAAUGAAGAAGAAUCUGAGCUUACAGAAGAAGAUGAUGAGAUGUAUGAGGUAACUAUAUAUCAGACUGAAGACAGUGAUGUGGAUUCAUUUGAUGAUGAUCCUGAAAUUUCACCAGGUGAUUAUUGGAAGUGCUCCAAGUGCAAUAAAAUGAACCCACCUCUUCCACGCCAUUGCCCAAAAUGCUGGGCUCUUCAGGAAGACUGGCUUCCUGAGAAGAAGACGGAAAAGUCUGUAGAGGGCAAAAUUGAAACUGACACACCACUGGAUCCCGAGGAGGGCUUUGAUGUUCCUGACUGUAAGAAAGGGAAAACACCUGAAGAUGAAGCAGAGGAUGACUCAGAACAGAGCUCUGACUCUCAGAAAAGUGAGGACUAUUCUCAGCCAUCUACAUCUAGCAGUAUGCUUUGUGGAAGCCAAGAAGACUAUAAAGAACCUGAGACGGACGAGGCUGAAGUCAAAGAAGAAAGCACUGAUUUAGUUCUACCCCUUUCCGGUGUGGAGCCCUGUGUCAUAUGCCAAACUCGGCCCAAAAAUGGUUGCAUAGUUCACGGAAGGACGGGACACCUCCUGUCAUGUUUCACAUGUGCAAAAAAGCUAAAGAAGCGGAACAAGCCUUGUUUGGUCUGCAGGCAGCCAAUUGAGAUGAUCCUGCUAACUUAUUUUUGCUAACUGAGAUACAAGCAGAAUUGCUUCAAGAAACCCUACAGCCCUAAAAUAAAAUUUUGUACAAAAAAUAUUGAAAGUUUACAAAAGUUUUUAUACCUUCUUCACAGGAUUUUCCUACAAGAGACAACAUUGUGCUGAAGCCGAUGGGUUUAAUUGUAAUGUUCACAACCUCCUUUUUAGCCCCAGUAGCAAACAAUUAGCCCAAGCAAAGUGAUGUAUGGAAGCAUGGCAACAAAUGAACGGAUUUAGUGUUUGUGGUGAGAUCUUUUUAGUCUUAUUCUUCCAGUCCAAAUCUUCUGUGUCUAAAAAUUGCAUUCUUUAUUCAGAAAAGAGAUUGAAAUUACAGCAUUUUUUAAAAAGUGUACUAGCUUCCAUUGUUUUCAACCAUGCUUGAAGACUAGAUACAACUUGCAUUUACAGAAAAGUGAUUUUAGUCAAAAGGCUGUAGGGCAAACUCUGUGCAGAGAGACUGAUAAUCUUUUAACUCUGGUUAAGGGAUCAGAAGCAAGCUGUGGGAUUGUGGGUAUUUCUUUCGCCUCCUCUCUGGAAUCCAUUGCACUUUAACUGGUUAUUAGCAGAAACAGAACAUUUUUGUGUCUCUAGCAUGGUUUGAAUCCAAGGCAGAUGGAAGCCUGGUUAGUCUCUUUCUUAAAUAAAUAUUUUACUUAAGUUUUCAAGAAUACAAAUUAACCUAGUUUCAUUCCCCCUUUUAUUUGCUUUAUCUUCUUCAUACGUGCUACAGCCCACAGUUUUUGCCUCCAUUUGUGUAUAUGAAGACUGUGCAGUCCUUUGCAGUUUGGGGUGGCAGGUUGUGCCAGUGCAGCUUUGUUAGUGUUAAUGCCAGUCUUUGCACAUACAUGGUUAAGGCGGGAGGAAUAAAUUUGCUCUGGGGCUAGGUAGAGAGCAGCAUUUUAAAUGAAGAGUUAACAGAUCUCCAGCACUAAAUCUCUAGUUUCCCUUUCUGGAAGCCUACACUCUUUUACCAGGCCUGCAACAAAGACCAUUAGGAAGUGUUAAUGGGAGAAAUCAGUAUUCCCUGGAUGAUGGAAAAUAAUAGCUAGUUUGCAAAAUCCAGUGAAGUGUGUUUAAAGGGGUUAUUUAAUCAUAGCCACCAUAUCUGCAUUUCUCUGGUAAAGGUUUAAAAGUCUGUUAAACUGAAAUUAAAUUUUGUUUUCAUCCUCAAAUAUGUGAAAACUUGGUCAAAAAGCAGAUUUUUAAAUGUAUAUUCUUAGUCUCAUUGGCAAGAGGCUUAACAUUCCAUUUUUGCCAUUGUAAUGGGUUUAGUUCAUUUGAACAAAACGUAAAAUAUUGAAAUUCAGUGCAAUAAAUGUACAAGCUUUGAAUUAAACUAACAAAUCCCCGGUUUUCAGUAAAUCUCGCUGGUUUGCUUUCUCUGA